CCGCGAUGAGUUUGCGUGCCGCAGAUUGUUAUGUUUCUAGUAGACUAUUGAAAUGCUUUGAAACCUGCGAGCUGUUUCUGGAGUUCACAACUCAUGUGCCGUGAAAGUAGAAGAUGAUGCUUGCGCAAGAACGGGUCUUUGACAUUUGUCAACCAGCUGGCCGUGAUGUGACCAAGCUUCGCCAGCUGGCAAUGGAGAAUAUUCCAAUCAAGUGAAAUUCUACAAGAAGAAAGAAGAUGGGGAGGGGGGAAAGCAUCAAUCAAUCACCUCUUUACCAGCCAGAGCAUUCUGCUCGAUGACGCUGCUCCACCCAUCAUCGAUUUCAGCCUCGCAUCUCUCAGCCUCGCAUCGCUAUCGGCCUAGAGGACAUGACAUGGAGCUCAAAGAGAAGCGCUCAGUCAUCAGCCGCGAGCUGAAAACCCUUGAGCCCGGAUCUCUGUACAUCACGAUCUCCGUCCCUCGAUCGAAUCCUCAGCUCCAAGGUCCCUUCUCCGAUUUCCACUACUUGCCCUACCUCCCUCACGAUCUGGAAUUGGCAUCUUACGAAGUUUCCUGCGCGAAGGGUAUCGAUAGAGAGGAAUUCGACUGGGGCGUCUACUUGCACCGAGGCCAUGGCAAUGGUACCUGGUAUGGACUCCGCCGGCUAAGCAGCUCGAUCGACGCAAGCAUGGGGACAGCAGGCAUGGGUGGCACUUCUUCUGUUGGCAAUUCUACGGGCGAUGGUGCCAAAGCAACAGCAGCGGCAGCAGCAUCUCGCAGCAUGCCCUUCUACACUCUCUCUAGGCAGGACAUGCGCCAGUCGCCGCGUCUGCAAGCCCGCGUAGCCGGCCUGAUCAGGGUCCUGCGAGCACCGAGCCCCUUGGCCGCCGGCUUGACAUCCUAUCUGGACUGGCUGGCGGCCCAGACGGCAUCCAGCGCCACGAGGUCCUUCAUCUGGGCGUCGUCCAUGUACCUCCGCGCGCGCCGUCACCUGUCGGCCGACCAUCCGCACGGCACCGUGAGAAGCGAUGCGGCUGCGACGGACUUCUUGUUCGAUACGAAGGGGUUCCUGCAGGAGGCCCUGCACCUGGCGUACAAGGAGGUCUGGUACGGACUCGCGGGCCAACUGCCACGACCUACCAUGGCCUCUGCGUUUGGAGUUGAGCUAGUAGCAGCAGCCGCCGUAUCCGCAACGGAGACGGCCGUGGGCGUACUACACGAGCAUGUCAACGACGACGAUGAUGCCGGCGGCAGAUCUGCCGCCGAAGAAUGUCAACGGGGGUCUGGCUAUCAGCGCUCAGCCUCGGCAGCAGGGUCUUUGGACGACAGCAACAGCAGCACCCUGGUAGGGGAACAAAACAUGGGGUUGGAUGCCGCGGAUAGCAUCUCGAUCGGCUUAUCAGCGUGAAAACACGCCAUCGGUACUACCAGGGCGCCAAAGCUUGGAGAAAGGGGUGCGAGAACGUUGAACACAAGGGGGGGCGUGUGCUGGCUGUUGGAAGAAGAUUACUAUUUCUGAAACCCAUCCCGUUGGUACUCCCUGGUGCCACUAAGCAGUAGUACGAGUAUGCGGUGACAGGACCUAUGCAGUGAUAUUCGCUAAGGUGCAUGUAGUUUUUUUAGCAGCGAGCAAGGUUCAAGUGUCGCAUAUCGUAUAAGUAUGCGCAGUCAAGGGUUGAUAACAAAUACAUGCCUGCAACUUUGUCCGUGC